AUGAUAUUCAAACCCAUUGUGACGACUGCCCUCUUCAUCGGGAGAACUAUUGCUCUUUCCGCUGCAGAAUGGCGCACACAAUCUAUUUACCAACUUCUGACAGAUCGCUUUGGUCGAACUGACAACUCCACUACCGCGACGUGUGACACUGGCGAUCAGAUCUACUGCGGAGGCAGCUGGCAAGGUGUCGUCAAUCAUCUUGAUUAUAUCCAAGGAAUGGGCUUCACGGCCAUCUGGAUUUCGCCCAUCACUGAACAGCUCUCCGAAGAUACAGAGGAUGGAGAGGCCUACCAUGGAUACUGGCAACAAAAGAUAUACGAUGUCAAUUCUAAUUUCGGGACCGCCGAUGACCUUCUCGCGCUCUCGGAUGCCGUUCAUGCGCGGGGUAUGUAUUUGAUGCUCGAUGUUGUUCCUAAUCAUAUGGGAUAUGAUGGUGAUGGGGAUGACGUAGACUAUAGUGUCUUUGAUCCCUUCGACUCGUCCUCGUACUUCCAUUCCUACUGUCUCAUCACUGAUUACACUGACAUCGAGAUGGUGCAGGAUUGCUGGGAGGGGGACACCAUUGUCUCUUUGCCGGAUCUGAACACCACGCAAACAGUUGUUCAGGAUAUUUGGUAUGCCUGGGUGGCCGACUUGGUGGCUAAUUAUUCAGUCGACGGACUACGCAUCGAUAGCGUCCUUGAAGUUCAGCCAUCCUUCUUCCCGGCUUACCAGAGUGCUGCUGGCGUCUACUGUGUGGGUGAAGUUGACGACGGUGAUCCAUCCUUGGACUGCCCGUAUCAGGACUAUCUGGAUGGGAUUCUUAACUACCCGAUAUACUAUCAACUCCUGUACGCCUUCGAAUCUAGCAGCGGCAGCAUCAGCGAUCUCUACGAUAUGAUUAAAUCAGUCGCAGAUGACUGCUCUGAUCCGACGCUGCUAGGAAACUUCAUUGAGAACCACGACAAUCCUCGAUUUGCAUACUACACCUCGGACUACUCUCAAGCCAAGAAUGUUGCCUCGUUCAUCUUCUUUUCUGAUGGGAUCCCAAUUGUUUAUGCGGGACAAGAGCAGCAUUACAGCGGUGGUGAUGUUCCCUACAACCGUGAAGCCACAUGGUUGUCCGAAUACGCAACAACUGCAGAGCUCUAUACUUGGAUCGCCACGACCAACGCCAUCCGCAAACUGGCCAUAUCGCUGGACGACGAUUACAUCACAUACGCGAACGACCCAUUCUACACCGAUGACAAUACCAUUGCUAUGCGCAAAGGAACGUCUGGUCUACAGGUUAUCACUGUGCUGAGCAAUUUAGGCGCAGACGGAUCAUCCUACACUCUUACGCUGAGUGGCAGUGGAUAUGAUUCUGGAGUUGAGCUCAUCGAAGCCUACAGCUGCACGUCUGUGACAGUGGACUCGAGUGGCGACAUAGCUGUGCCCAUGGAGUCUGGACUGCCCAGGGUAUUUUUACCCGCAUCUUCAAUCGAAGACAGCGAUCUCUGUGGUGGAACCACCACGACUUCUACAACUACAACUGCUACCAGUACGGCCUCAACUACGACUUCGACGAGCACAGCUACAUGUACCGCUGCAUCAGAGGUCUCAAUCAUUUUUGAAGAAAUAGUGACAACCACCUAUGGUGAGGAGAUUUAUCUUAGCGGCUCCAUCUCCGAGUUUGGGUCCUGGGAUACCUCAGACGCUCUGGAACUCUCGGCAUCAAAAUACACCUCUUCCAAUCCGGAGUGGUACUUGGAAGUAAGUUUGCCUCCGGGGACUAGCUUUGAGUACAAGUUCAUAAUGGUGGAGACGGACGGGACAGUGGUUUGGGAAAGUGAUCCCAACCGCAAUUACACUGUUCCCUCGGUGUGCUCAGGGGUCGUCCAAACAGUGGUAGAUACUUGGAGAUAG